AUGUGUCGGAGAGAGCUAAAGAGUGAGCGUGAGAUGCUCAUGCCCACGGAGGCACGUAUGCCGGCAAAACCAGCUGCAUCAUCCAUCAUGGCUCCAUCACAUACGGCAACUCCAGCGUCCACCUGCCCAAAUUCAGAGUCACACACAGACAAAACUGCCGGGAAAAAGAAAGUAAAUAACGUAGCUUCACACUUGUUUGUGCAUGUUACUGAGUCGAUUUAUAUAGUGAGUUGGCAUGCUCAUAUCAACUACAUCAAAGAUAAAGCCUGGCCUGGAGUUGAUAAAAUGAAACGUCUUCGUGAGCGACUUCAUAGGCGGUCUCUGCAGAAGAUGGAUUCACAAAACAAUCCUAGAAUGGAUUGGGAGUCAAAGGACUUGCCAAGUGCUUUUAGAAAGUUCAAGGAGCACGCAAACUUUAUGUUUGGGGGACCUCUAAACAAAAAGUCUGAGGAAGCCCAGUGCAAUUACUUAAUGCUAUGGGUUGGAGAAAAAGGAAGACAAAUUUUCUCCACAUGGAACUUAAGUGACGAUGACAACAAGACACUUAAGAAUUACUAUGACGGAUUUGAGAGCUACUGUGCCCCGAAGUCAAAUCACAUCUUCAGCCGUUACAAGUUUAAGUCACGCGCACAGGAAGAUGGAGAACCAUUCGAGUCGUUCGUCACGCAGCUGAAAAUUCUUAUAAAGGACUGUGGUUACCCAGUCGGGAUUCAAGACGAGAUGAUCCGAGAUCACAUUGUGUUUGGGAUUAAAUCAAACAAAAUCCGUGAAAAGCUAAUCAAUGAAGGAUCAGAGCUCACACUGACAAAGUGUAUAGACCUAGCUCGCACCCAUGAGCUCAGCCAGUCCCAAGUGAAGGAUAUCACUGCAAAUGGACAAUUUGUAAAUGCAGUCGGGAGUCGGAAACCAGGCAGGACCAAGCCGCCACAGAGGGAGACGUUCCACAGACAGCCUGAAGCCCAGAACUCCAAAUAUGGACAUAGUGAAGCCCGGAGUUCCAAAUAUGGACAAAGUGCAAGGACUAACAUUCAAAUAUGUGACAAUUGUGGUAACAAACACCAAAGGAAAGACUACUGCCCUGCCAAGGGAAAAGUGUGUCUUUACUGCAAUAGACUGAAUCACUUCGCAAAAAUGUGUCGCAAGAAGGACAAUGACAGCAAGAAGGUCAAUGAGGUAAACAAUUUUGAUAUAAGAACUGAUCUCGAUUGUUACUCUCAGAAUGAUUUCUUUGUAAAUAGCAUUGAACACGACUCAUUGUCAAACCAAGCAUUUGCCAAAGUAAAAGUAGGCACAUCCAUAAUAGACAUGAAAAUUGACACAGGUGCGCAAGUUAAUGUCCUCCCAAAGUCACUGUACUUGAAACUAAGCUUAAAGGGUCCAUUACGACAAGCUCAGAAACGCCUCACUGCUUAUGAUGGCAAACCACUAUGCGUGGAAGGUUACAUAACCAUACCUUGUAAGUACAAUGGUCAAACUUACAAUGAAGAGUUUUACAUAGUUAAAUCAGGUUCAAGCCCCAUAUUAGGCUUACAGACAUGUUUGAGAAUGAAUCUGAUAAAUCUUGUACUUGCAAUGAAUUCUAGUACCCCAAGCAAAGAUAAUGUAAAUCACACACCUCUCACAAAGGAUAAAGUCCUCUCGAAAUACGCAGACGUUUUCGAAGGUAUUGGUCAGUUGCCAGGUGAAUGUGAAAUUCACUUGCAUGAAAACGUCUUACCUGUAGUUCACCCACCUCGCAAAGUCCCUGUCGCAAUUAAAGACAAACUCAAGGUAGAACUUGAUCGCAUGGAACAUCUAAAUGUCACUUGCAAAGUCACUGAACCUACAGACUGGGUAAACAGUUUGGUCACUGUAGAAAAAGCAAACGGUUCUUUAAGGAUAUGCUUAGAUCCAAAAGACCUCAAUGACGCAAUCAAAAGACCACACUAUCCAAACAAGACGCUUGAUGACAUAUUGCCAGAGUUGUCAAAUGCAACCAUUUUCUCAAAGCUUGAUGCUCGCAGUGGUUAUUGGUCAAUUAAGCUCACAGAAAAGGCUUCAUACCUGACAACAUUCAAAAGCCCCUUUGGCAGGUAUCGUUUCUUGCGGUUACCAUUUGGCCUGAAUAACGCAAAUGAUUUGUUCCAAGAAAAAAUGGACCAUUGUCUUGAAAAUUUGCCAGGUGUUAGGACAAUUGUUGACGAUAUUGUCGUUUUUGGUAAGGAUCAUGCAGAUCACGACCGCAAUUUUGACAUGCUCAUGACGAGAUGUCGUGAAAUGGGUAUAAAACUUAAUGCAGAUAAGACCGAUAUAGGCAAGAGCGAAAUCCCCUUCUUUGGUCACAUUCUCAGCUCUGAGGGACUAAAAAUGGAUCCUGCAAAAGUCAAGGCCAUACAGGACAUGCCACCACCAAAUUCAAAAUCAGAACUACAAACUGUUUUGGGAAUGGUCACAUACCUUCAAAGGUUUGCACCCAAACUCUCUGAAAUCACACUGCCCUUAAGGCAACUACUUUCUAAGGAUGUAGAAUUUGUAUGGGAUAUGCCCCAACAGGAAGCAUUUCAGAAAGUCAAAAAUGUCAUAACUCAGAGUCCAGGUCCUGUAUUAGCUUACUUUGACCCCAAAAAGGAAAUAACUCUACAGGUUGAUGCUUCCAAAUAUGGCCUUGCUGCAGUUCUCAUGCAAGAUGAGAAACCAGUCAGUUUUGCUUCGAAAUCUCUCACUAAAACAGAGGUUAACUAUGCUCAGAUAACGAAAGAGCUAUAUGCCAUUUUCUUUGGUUGCAAAAGGUUUCACCAGUACGUAUAUGGUAAACGAAUCAAAUGUCAGAGCGAUCAUAAACCACUGUUGGCAAUUUGGAAAAAAGGCUUGCAUUGUGCACCCCCACGUUUGCAACGUUUGCUGUUACAGUUGCAGAAAUACGAUGUAGAAUUGAUAUUUGUCCCAGGUAAACAAAUUCCUCUAGCAGACACGCUGUCUCGCAAAUAUUUACCUGACACAUACCCAGAAAUUGCAGAAGGUUUAGACGUGCAUGUACACGCUGUCAUGUCAAAUUUACCUGUAAGUGAUCAGAAAAUGGAGCUGAUAAGGACUGAGUCAGAUUCUCAAAUGCAAUUACUUGCAAAGGUUAUUCUUGAAGGAUGGUCAAAUGACAGACCACAAUGCCCCAGCACGCUUCUUGAAUUUUGGAACUUUAGGGAUGAAUUGUCAGUAGUUGAUGGCAUUAUACUGAAAGGAAACAAAAUCCUUAUUCCCAAGGAAAUCAGACCCUUAAUGUUGGAAAAGAUUCAUGAAGGUCACUUUGGUGUAGAGAAAUGCACACAACGCGCACGCGAGGUUCUGUUUUGGCCAAAUAUGUCUUCAGAGAUAAAAUCACUAGUGCUAAAUUGCCCAAUUUGCCUAGAACACAGGUGUUCAAAUCAAAAGGAACCCCUGCAACCUAGCAAAGUGCCCGAUAGACCAUGGCAAAUCUGUGCCACAGAUCUGUUCCACUGGAACAAUUCUGAUUAUGUCUUGCUGGUAGAUGCAUACAGCAGAUAUUUUGAGGUUAGCAUGCUCCCAAACUCAAGGUCAGUCACAGUGAUUGAUAAAUUGAAAGGUUACUUCAGCCGUCACGGCAUCCCAGAAGUUUUACGAUCUGAUAAUGGACCAUGCUAUGACUCUUUAGAGUUCAACAAAUUUGCAGAACAGUACGAUUUCAAACACAUAACAUCUUCCCCAGGUCACUCCUCGGGUAAUGGACUUGCUGAAAUUACCGUCAAGACAAUUAAGUCUCUGUUCACAAAAACAAAACAGGCAGGAAAUGACCCAUACCUAGCACUGUUAGAGUAUCGCAAUGCCCCAUUACAAUGUGGUCAAUCCCCUGCACAGCUCUUAAUGAGCAGACAGUUAAGGUCAACACUGCCAUUAGUAGACAAACAACUUAAGCCACGAGUACAUGAUAUGCAGACUGUUAAAGACAAAAUGCAUAUUUCCAAACAAAAGUCAAAGUUUUAUCAUGACCAGUCUGCUAAGCCACUCAGAUCUCUUGAAAUAGGUGAAAGUGUAAGGGUAAGGCAAGGAAAACGUUGGUUACCUGCUGUAGUAGAAAAAGGGUUAACAAUAGGUCAUAUGUUGUCAAAACAGAGAACGAAGGAUUAUACAGAAGAAACAGGCAACAUCUUUUAA